AUGGCUGAAACGUCAGCCGCACCAGCCGGCGGCCUCCACGCCACGGCGGCCAAGACCAAGGUCCCUCGAGCCAAGCCUGCUCAUGCGCCUACCGGCGAGAUGGUGCAGGGCGCCGUCAAGGGCCUCAAGGAACGCGACGGAUCGUCACUGACCGCCAUCAAGGAGUACAUCGCCGCCAACUUCAAGGUCGGCGCCGAAAAGCUGGUAUCUUUCAUCCAGCGGGUUCCAAAGUCCGGUGAGACCAGCGGUGCGCUUGUGCGGGCCAAGGUCAUGGGUUCCAGCAGCUCCUUCAAGGUGCUGGUCGCUAUCAGGGGCAAGCCCGCCAAGAAGCCGGCCAAGUCGCUCAAGAAGAAGCCCACAGGCCCAGCCAAGGCCAAGAAGACGCUCAAGAAGGCCACCAAAAACCAUACUCCGCCACUGGCUGAGCUGUGGUUAUGA